AUGUGUUUUCAAAAUGUUGCAUCGGCCGAAUUGAAUGGCACUGGUAAUGUAGAACACUUGGAACAAAAAUAUCUGACAAAACAGUAUUCUGAAACCCCAAAGUCUGCUACUUUACUUUUGAGCAAUUUUGACUCUGAGAAAACGCUAUUUUGUACCUCUGAAGAAGGGUUGCGGACUGUUUCCGGAACUUGUAUAAGUGGACUCUUGCUCUACUUCGAGGCUUCAAGACGGCGCUCACAACAAUCUGCCGAUAAAUCAAGACAUGGCCUGGCUUUAGAUUCAGCCUUUCAUCGCUUUGUCUUCUGGAGACACCAUCAACAAGAAAAACGGAGUUCUAAUACAUUCGACUACGAAGCCGAUUACAUUGGUGCCCCUAGAUUCACGGAAGCACCCAACAGGUCAAAGUGGUCACCAAGGAAUGAAAGUGCGGCGAUCAUGAUAGCAUUCCAUAUUCAACUCGAAAACCGUUGUACGAUCGAGGGAUUGAGUAAAAGCAGAUCAUCCGAAGUGAAGCUUCACUUAGAACUUGCGAAGUAUUGGAGAAUUUCUUUCGAUCUCCUCUUAGCGGAUGAGCCUCAUCACGACACAUGA